AUGCAUUCCUCUGAACAAGCUCAAAGUGUUGUGGUGCCUAUCCCACCUUUUCACUACAUCCAUGUUCUCGACAGGAAUACCAACACAACUAGACUUGUUACGGGACCCGCGACUUUCAUUAGGAAAGAUCAUGAGAGCAUCGUCUUAGAGCCAAAGAAGAUGAUUACAGUAACUCUUAAGGAGUACUGCAUCAUUUCACACCCUGUGAAAAGAGACGAACAAGGGCAGAUUAUUGAGGUGCAUGGACAGGUUAUGCUUGAUUAUGGUGAAGAAGAAUACCGUUUUGCUCAACCUCCUUUCCCACUGUACCCUGGUGAAGAACUAAAAAAAGAUGUGACAACACUGACUGUUCUGCCUCCAAACAAGGCCCUUCUUCUAUCUGCUAUCGUUGGUUUUAAGGAUGAAGACGGUGUGGAAAGGGUUCCCGGAGAGAAUUGGCUUUUUGAAGGACCUGGCGUGUACAAACCCCGAAAAGAAGUGGAAGUUCUCUCAAGUCGGAGUUCGCUAAUGAUAAGUCCCAAUUCUGCACUCUUACUUCGUGCCUUAAUGGACUUCACCAGUAAGGAUGGGAAAAAACGUGUAUAUGGAGAACAGUGGCUUGUAAAAGAACCUGGUGCCUAUAUGCUUGGAGCUUAUGAAGAGUGUGUAAAGACAGUCACUGCUUACCAUCUGGAUGAGAAGCAUGCUCUGCAUGUCCGCGCAUUAAGGACUCACACAGACGACUUCGGAAAGCGUCGGCGACAUGGUGAAGAAUGGCUCAUCACGCACUUGGAUACCGAAAGCCACAUUCCAAGUGUCAAUGAAGAGGUUGUAGAGGUCACCUCACCCAUUAUUCUGUCGUCCUCAAACUAUUGUGUCGUGUGUGAUCCAGUGGAUGAAAACGGUGUUCCGCGUAUCGGCAAAAAAAUGCUUGUUCGUGGAGAAAAGUCAUUUUUCCUACUUCCUGGUGAGAGCCUUCUUGGGGGCAUUGAAAAUGUUUACGUUUUGGGUGAAGAAGAAGGUAUUAUUCUUCGAGCUCAAGAAUCAUUUGUAGAUGGCGAUAAGAAUCGCGUGGCAGGUGAGGAGUGGAUGCUAAUGGGUCCACUUGAAUACGUGCCUCCAAUUGAAGUGGAAGUUCUCACUGUCCGGAAGGCGAUACCUCUGAGUGACAAUGAG